GCGUUUCGGUCCAAGAAAAAACGACUGUACUAUAAGCAGGAGGACGGUUACUCGUUACUCAGUAAGCAAAAGCGAAAACUAAAACAGCGAAUCAGGGUUCAUUCAAAAGGCCGGCUGUUAACAGCUCUUCGCAUGAGACCUCCUUUUUUAAUCCGCCUUGGCAUUCCGCGUGAAAAUCUGGAUAGAAUACUCUGCUUAAUGGGGUGAUGAGAAACAGCUGAUGCGUAUUUGCUGAAAGACCAAGAGCAAAUUUCAAAUAAAUUUUGCAUAAGAUGGCUAAAAGAUUAUUCUGUGUCGAUUUUGAAAUCUUUGGAAAGGUCCAAGGGGUAUUUUUUAGAAAAUAUACAGAAAAACAGGCUAACGCGUUAGAAUUGAGGGGCUGGUGCAUGAACACAAAGGAUGGAACUGUAAAGGGACAAUUGGAAGGUCCACAAAAUUCGUUGAAUGAAAUGAAAGAUUGGCUAAAAAAUCGUGGAAGUCCUAGUUCGCGAAUAGACAAAGCGGUGUUUUCAGAAAUGAAACCAAUCGAAAAUUACACAUUUACAUCAUUUGGAGUAAGACGUUAAUUUGAAUAUAUUUCGUACAAUUUUAAAGUA